AUGGCGUCGACGAAGCCCGAUCCAGCAAUCAACGUCGAAGAAGAGGCGGAAGGAGGUGGUUCAUCCGUAGAAGGUACAAUUUUAACACCGGAAGGCGAGGCUACGAGCUUGCUCGUCUGUUACUCUCCAUGUCCCAUUGAUUUCUUCGAUCGAGAGUCUUCCGCUGCUGAGUACCUUGAAUCGGAUGAUUUCAAUAUCUGGGGAUUUUCUAACCCGAAAGAAGACGACGAGGAAGAGAUAGUUUUGGGGACUAGAUCCGGGUCGGAUCAGCAACCCGGUGGCUCAGGCGGGGAAGGGCUUCGAGUGACCGGUAUCGAUUCAGAUUCCGAUUACGAAGAUGACGUUUUGUUAGCUGUUAAUAAUGUUGUUAAUUAUAUAGAUCAAGCUGAAGGAAUCAUGAUAAACUCCGGUGAUAUCGAUCCGAGUUAUUACCUUUAUCUAGCUAGUAUGGAUGAAAAUCAUACUGAUGCCAUUCUUGGGCAAAUGUUUGAUAACGAGAUUGGAAUCAGGGGAAAUCCUCCAGCUGCUAAAAGUGUAAUUGAGGAUCUUCCAUUUGUGGUACUUACUGUGGAAGAAUUAAACAACGUUUGCGCGGUCUGUAAAGAUGAUAUGGUCGUAGAGGAGAAAGUAAAGAGGCUUCCUUGUAUGCAUUUCUACCAUGGUGAGUGUAUUGUGCCUUGGUUAGGGAUAAGGAAUACUUGUCCAGUUUGUCGGUUUGAGCUACCUACUGAUGAUCUUGAGUAUGAAAGGCAUAGGAGAUCACAUAGGAGUGACAUCAGCUUAUUCCUUACUGGGUAG